CAAUCCUCUGGCAAGGUCUGGUUGCCGUAAGUCCUGCGUGUCGAUGCAAGAGCGGAUACCUGUUUUCAUCUGUUGUUUCUGCUAAACCACCCCCGCCGGAUUUGAACGUAGCGUACCGUUCAUUAAACAUGUCGACUGCCCUUGAGACCUACAUCAACCGCACGGUUGCAAUCAUCACCUCUGACGGACGCAUGAUUGUAGGCACGCUGAAGGGCUUCGACCAGACAAUUAACCUGAUUCUGGACGAGAGCCACGAGCGAGUAUUCAGCUCCUCUCAGGGCGUGGAGCAGGUGGUGUUGGGCCUUUACAUUGUCAGGGGAGACAACGUGGCUGUGAUUGGAGAGAUUGACGAGGAGACAGACUCCAAUCUGGACCUGGGCAACAUCAGAGCAGAGCCCCUGAACUCAGUAGCCCACUAACCUGUCCCUGCCACUACGCUGUAUGUAUGUGUGUGUGCGUGUGUGCGUGUGUGCGUGCGUGUGUGAUGCUGAGAGUUCCACUUUCUCUGUCCCCCCUCUCCCUCACCUUUCAUCUCUCUGAGGUCAGACUCAUGAGGCUGUUUAGUUGUUUUUUGUAUUAAAAACUAUAAACGGA